AUAUGAGAGAAUCCCCUAUGCACGCAAUUUCAUCUCUUAUCGCAACAAAACAGGCUGAAACUUGAGUCAGUUUACUUUCAAGUCUGCAUCAUACAGUUCGAACCGUGCGUGUAUCAAUUGCAACGAGUAAUGAUCUUUAAAAUAACCAUGAUUGGCAAAUUCAGCAUCAUUUUCGUCCUACUAUUAAUUACCUACAGUCAAUCGGCGUCCGUUUUCUUUUGCCCCUCAUCCAAUGUUGCGAACCAGUUCCAUCCACAUGCCACAGAUAUCACCAAAUAUUACAACUGUACAAGAGGUAUUGCAACGGAAGAUACCUGCGGAGACAACAUGAUAUUCAGCAAAAUGACAAACAAGUGUACCGUUGUGUGGCCAGACGCUAUAGAGGAUAAUUCUGGAUCAAAUAUUAUCGAUCCACGAGGGGACACAUCUUCGAACCAUGUAGAGUCGCUUCCCAUUACUACUACAGCGAGAUCGAACAAACCAACUGUGUUACCGGACUGGGAUAAUGGGGACGGCAGCACGGAUCCAAUGUUACUUGAGAAUUCCACAUAAAACUAAUCAAAAAGAGGAAAGCUCCUAAUAUUGUUCAAUGUAAUUAUGACGGUGAUCUAUGCAGAACCUGGGCUUGGAAAUUCUGUUUUCAAUGUCGAAAGAGAAAAGAUUUUUAGUCAUGGCCCGCAUUGAUGUUUGUACUCCGAUAAUAUAAAGCACUAGAACAGAA